GACAUUUUAUCUGAAUAAAAAUGAAAUGAUAGAUUGGGGCCAAUAAACCGCAUCAAUUUGGAUCACCAUCAUAACAUUAAACUAGAUUAGUUUUGAAUGGUCGUACAGCUACUUUUUUUAUCUAAACAAAAUAAAAAGUAUAAAGAAAGAAUUACACAAAUUUUAAAGGACACAACACACACUUUUGUUAUUACAUUUUUAGCUAUUUAAUUAAUAGUUUGGAGCUUUGUUUAUAUGUAAGGCAUUAUGUUUCUUUGUCAGCGUACAUUAAACGUCUAAUAACAAAACAUAUAAUUUUACACAUUACUAUUACAGUAAGUAAAUACCAUGGAUUGAGACCCUUGCUGCUAACCUGCCUGGUUUCUUGGUUAUCAGCUGACCGGGAGGCGGGUUCAUUCAUUGUGUGCUUUUAACGCGCGCUUUUUCCGCUCAGCACCUUUAUGUGAUUUAAGCUACAUGCUAACGUAGCUCCGGUAGACUGGUAGACUGAUAGCUGCUGCACAAAAGACGCAAGAUAACGCUGCAAAAAACGCACUAAAACUGACGGCCCGAUCAUCCUAAAGAAGUGCUAACGGCCUGUGUGUGUGACAGCGUGCUAUAAAUACCAAACUUUGCAAUGGGCAAGAAGUCUCGCGAAGAGAAAUCCUCAUCGUCUGACGAAGAAGAAUAUGUCGUGGAAAAGGUGCUGGACAGGAGAGUCGUGAAAGGCAGAGUUGAAUUCUUCCUAAAGUGGAAAGGAUACUCAGAGAAGCACAACACCUGGGAGCCGGAGAAGAACUUGGAUUGCCCUGAGCUUAUUGCAGAAUUCAUGAAAACCUACAAAAAACCAGGCAGUGGGAGUGCCACACCUAGCACUGGUUCCAGCAAAGUCAACACAGGAUCAUCGGGUCGCUCCAAAGAAUCCGGGAGCUUAAAGAAAAAAGGUUCAGAUGAUGAGGAGGAGGAAGACGAAGAGGGUGGAAGUAAACCUAAAAAGAAGAAAGAGGAGGAAAUUCUAGUAGCCCGUGGCUUUGAAAGAGGACUUGAGCCAGAGAAAAUCAUUGGAGCCACUGAUUCAUGCGGAGACUUAAUGUUCCUCAUGAAAUGGAAAGAUUCAGACGAGGCGGAUCUUGUUCUUGCCAAGGAGGCCAAUCAUAAGUGUCCACAAAUCGUCAUAGCCUUCUACGAGGAGCGCCUCACCUGGCACGAAGACGGUGACAAGAAGGAGAAGGAUGCUGUCAGUGCUUGAGUGCAACACCUCUGGAGGAAACCUCCACUGCAGGGAAAACAUUCUGUUGGACUUUUUGUUUUCCUUCUCCCAAACUUCCAUCCCUCACUUUGUCCAACAGUGAAACAAAAACAGUGCAUCCCUUUUGUUGUUUUCUCCACUCAUGCCUCAUUGAGCACAAGGGCCCAGACUCUGUAAAGGAUCCAUCAAAUAGAAAGCUGUUUGUUAGUGGACCUGGGUGAUAUGCUACUGGGCAAUGUUUCUACUGUUUUUGUAUUGAUUUUUUUUUUUUUUGUAAUAUCUUAACAUUUUUGUCUUUAUCUUUUCCCUGUUUUUUAAAGUGCUUGCAUAAAAAUGUUACUAGGAAGAAAUCUGGAGAAACUAUUACUGGUGGCCAUCUGUUAAAGUUGCAAAUCCAGACCCAAGUACCAGAUUUGACGGUUUAGGGGGGAAUUCCCGAUCCCCAUCAUUGUGUUGUAAACAGUGCACAUCUUUUCUUUGACAGGAAAAUGUUGAAGCUAUUCACUUAUCUUUCUUUUUUUACCCCUUUAGGCAGCAGAUAUCACACCUGAUUCAUUUUUAAACGUGUUUAAUAAUCGUUUUCCCCACUGUUUCUAUUUUUUUUUUUUUUUUUAAUAUUUGUAACCGGUAAUUUUUAACAGGGCCACUCUCACCAAACGCUCAAACAUGUGCGAUCAUUUGAUCAUGACGUCUACUCUGCCAUCAAUUCUCUUUGUUGUAGUUUAAUAUUUUUGUUUCAGAUUAAGGUAAGAAAAAAAUCCUAAAUAUUUGUCCCAAUGAGUAGAUGUUGAUCUGAUGUUCAGGAUUCCAUUGAUCAUUCAUCUUCCUGAAGCAUUCAUCUGUUUCAUGUUUUGACAUCCAUCACCAUAACAUGCUUCAAAAGGGACAUGAUCACCUUCAUGAAAUUUAAAUGUAAAAACUAUGAUAAUUGUGAAAGCUGAAUUAAUGACAUGGCAGCUGGAUUGGCCUGCAGUUGAGAAGACUGGUGCACCUGUUUAGUCAUGUAGGUGCACGUCUGUGUAGUGAUGUAUAUUGGUUUUAAUUUGUGCUGUUUCGUCAAAUGAUUGUUUUGCGGUUUUUUUCUUUCUGUUUUUUUUGACAGUGUUGCCAGAAGAAGAAAAAAUACAAUAAAGACAUUUUUUUCUCCAUUCUGUACUUUUAAUCAUAUCCCAAUCAUUGUUUGAAUGAUUUUUUUUUUUUUUACUUUUAAUUUGCAUGAAUUGUGUGAUCUUGCGCCCUUUCAAAAUAAAAUUCAGCUAGCAUUCAAAGGAGAAACUUAGCUGCCACUUUGAUAACUGAAAUUAAUACUGUGGUCAACAAUAAAGACUAGAUUUAUUUAUUUGCAUUUCUUUUUCCAUGCUCCCCCUGCUAAAAAGCUUCAGUAGUUUUAAUGAAUUACAAAAAAUAUUGUUUGAAUAGCUCCUUAUCACCUGUUCAUUAGUUUGAAUUUUAAGGUGACUAACCCUGAUAAAUACAUGGUUUGUUGUUGAAGAUUGAAACUGGUUUUGCAGCCUGCAGAGAAGCAUUGGACCAAAUGUCUGCAGAUUCACAGACUGCUUGUUUUUAACUGAUAAGAAAUGCUGUCAUCUUCCUUUUGAUACUACCCAUACAUUUCCUUGCCAGCACAUUUUUUAAUGUAAAUAUGGGUUUUAUUUACCUUUUGACAAUAUACAUUUUUUAAAGUCAGUAGUUUAUUGUGUGAGAGAAAUGUUCCAAGUAUACAUGUAUAGUAGCAUCCUUUAAUAAACAUUUUGAGUGUUUCAAGGUC